GGCACAAGCAGUAUCACAGCUACAUCCAUAUUUCUCUCUGUCUUUCUGCCUCUCUCUCUCUCUCUCUCCCUCUCUCUCUCUAUCAGUCCAGCUUUUGUUUUCAUCGCAGAGCUAAAGCACUGAGGCGAUGGCCGAGGUGGUAGAUCUCCUCUCCACACCCCAUAACGUCCAAAUCAGUGAGGUGACCUGUGACUCAUUCCAUGUUGCCUGGGCGAUGACCCCGGAGGACGCAGGACGCGUGACGCACUACUUCAUCGACCUGAGCCGCAAAGCUGGCGGAGAGAGUAAUCGCUUCAAACACAGAGAUGUCCCCACUAAGCUGGUGGCUAAGGCGGUGCCGCUGCCAAUGGCUGUGAGGGGUCACUGGUUCCUGAGCCCUCGCACAGAGUACUGCGUGGCCGUACAGACCGCCAUCCGCCAGCCAGACGGAGACUACCAGGUGUCUGAGUGGAGUCCAGUGGUGGAGUUCUGCACCGGGGAUUACGCCGUAGAUCAUCUGCGGCAGCUCCUGGAUAAAGCUCGGGUUGUAGCGGGAAGGCUGCUGCGCUUCUCUGUGUUUUAUCGCAACCAGCAUCCUGAAUACUUCUGCUAUGUCAGAACGGAAUGCGGAGGUUUAAUGCCCCCGUCUCUAAAGGACAACAGUGGCAGCCACGGUUCACCCAUCAACGGAAAGCUCCGUGGUGUCUUCCUGAGCUGCAACACCGAGUUUGACACGGGCCUCCCUCCUAAAGACUCUCCCUACGGACCCCUGCGCUUCCAGAUCUCCGCCGCUCUUCUGCUGAAGCCCGAGACGCACCUCUACUUCGCAGAUUUCUACUGCAUGUACACGGCGUACCAUUACGUGGUCUUGGUGCUGGCUCCCAUCGGCUCGGAGGGCGACCGAUUCUGCGAGGGCCGUCUUCCCCUGCUGGACCUCGUGUCCAAUCCUUUCCUGACGUACGUCCCUGGGGAGGAACCGGCGUUCUGUCAUGCCAGCGACGUCAUCCUGGAGGUUCUGUACACAGAAGCACUGCCUUUGGAUCUAGGCACAGUGGCACAGAUCAGCGGCCAUCACCAGCUCAUGAGCCUCUCCACAGCCAACGCCAAGAAAGACCCGAGCUGCAAAGUGUGUAACAUCAGCGUCGGUCGCUGAGAGGCAGAGUCUCGACUGAACUUCUGCAAAAUUCUCAACGAACUGAGCACAAAAUACAUCUAAAAAAGAAAGCGAUGAAUCUUAGCAGUGUUAUGAAGAUUAUUUUAAAAAAUGGUUCAGAUUUAAAAACCUGUCCGGAUUCUUCUGUUUAUAUUAAUUUCAUUCGAUUAAGGCAUCAUCGGGUCAAAACGAUCUUUACUGUUCGUAUAAAUAUGAAAGCCAUAAAAUGCACAUACUGCCAAAUCUGUAACGAUCCAUAGAGCUUGGUGCUACAUAAUCGGGCGACCAAAACGCAGCUGAAUGCAAAGGUUUGUAUCCCCUUAGGACAAAAUUAAAAUUCUUUUUUGCCCAAGAAGACAGUCAGCAUAUUUCAUUUUACAGAUAGCACCAGAAAAUUGUAAACAAAUGUGUUAAAUUGUUCGUCUUAAGAAAAUGAGUUUUAGAGUUUGAAUUAUUUCCAUCAUUUCCUCUGCACUGCUUUUGAAUGCCUUCUUUAAAUCAAAGGACAUAAUUAUUUUACUCUCUCUGUGUUUUAUAUUAUUAUGUUGUUCAAGGACACACACACACACACACACAAUAUUAACUUCAUGGCAAUC